AUGACGUAUAAACAUUACACGUUGCAAUGUGAAGCAAAACCUGUUACUAAUUAUCCUAAAUCUGUUUGCAGAGAAAAUGGAGUUGUCGAAUCGUCGACAGAAACAGUUACAGAGUAUGGAACAUGCGGUGUUGAGCGAGAAAUCGUGGUCAUUGACACACCUCCUAUUCUCGAUCCCAGUGAUGAGAUGACAGCUGAACACGUAUUACAAGAGAUCGGAAAAGGAAAAUCCAUCGCGAAUGCCGAGAGUCGCGGCAUUGAUGCCAUUAUUUUUACACUCAACGCCAACGACCGACUUACAAAAGAACAUGAUGCCAGUGUUGAGUGGCUUCGCCAUUACUUCGGCGAUGACAAUUUGUCGAAAUACGGUAUCGUAUUAGUCACUAGAAAAGAUCAGUUGGACGAAGACAACCUAUCAGUCAAAGAUUUCUUAUUGGAGACGCCACCCUCUGUACGUGGGUUACUGAAGAGAAUAGACAACCGCGUGGUAGCGUUCGCUAACAAUUCUCGUGACAACGAUGUCAGACAAACCCAAGUUUCAGAGCUCUUAUUUAUGGUUAAUAGAAUGAGAAAAGAAAAUAUAGACCCUCUCUUGUACAUGGGAGGAAAUGAGGAAAACGUGUUACAAAUGGAAAGACGAUGUCGCCGGAGUGUGAAUGAGCCUAGCAGCGGUCUUGUCCAAUAUUUAAGCUCAGGGCUGUAUCGAUUGUAUCACUAUGUGUUAGACUAUACUAGAUAUGGUCGCUAG